CAGCAAUCGAGAUAUCAUCAAUAUGGGGCAGGUGGCCGAUGCUCAGGUUGCAUCGCGCAUCCUGUAUGUCGGUUUAGGGACUGCAGGAGUGCAUCACAUUGAGGGGAAGCUGCCAGAAGCAGUCCAGCUGGUCCCGAUCCCUCCUUUCGGCCCACUGCCCAAGGAUAUUUCUCAGAUCGAGUUCAUGAUCACAAGCGGCGUGGAGUUCUCCUUACAGCGCGUAGAAGAAAUCUUUGAGCAUGCCACCAGUCUCAAGGUGGUGCAGACCUUGAGUGCCGGAGUCAACAACGUGAUUUCACACGUCAAACCACAUCACAUUCUUUGCAAUGCCAGCGGCUCACACGACAUAGCUGUGGCUGAAUGGUGUGUUGGGGUCAUUUUGGCGCUGCUUCGGCAGUUCCCAGCCUUCUGGACGGCGCAGCAGCAGGGAGAGUGGAAUCCAGCGACUCGGGAGCAGAUCAACACCGGAAUGCCGGCUGUGGGUCCUUUGGAUGACCUGGAGGGCAAGGAGGUGCUGAUCUUGGGGCACGGCAGCAUUGGCCGAGCGGUGGAAGCGCGGCUGCUGCCGUUUGGGGCGCGCAUCACCGGCAUCGCCCGAACGGCGCGGCCUGGCGUCCGAUCGCUCGAAGAUCUGGAUGAGCUUUUGCCGUCGGCGGACAUUGUCAUCAUUCUGCUGCCGCUCACACCAGAGACACACCACAUUGUGGACGCGCGCUUUCUGUCUCGCAUGAAGAAGGGAGCUCUGCUCAUCAAUGCAGGCCGGGGCCCACAGGUGGACACAGAUGCCCUUUUGAAGGCGCUGCAUGCCGGCCAAAUCCGCGCAGCUCUUGAUGUUACCGACCCAGAACCCCUCCCUCCCGAUCACCCACUGUGGCAGGCUCCAGGGGUGAUAAUUACGCCGCACAUUGGCGGCUCGGUGGCGAGGAUGCGGCCGCGGGGGUAUGCGUUUGUGCUGAAACAAAUCAACCAGUACCUGGCUGGCGAGAAGCUUGAGAAUGUCCGGCUCCACGGGUACUGAUAAAUUAUGGGUGCCAGCAGCGGCUGCAUGCACCCUAUUGACUUGUGGAUGCAAAUAGGGCUGUACUUAGUAUUGGACGGUGCUUCGAGGGAUUGACAGGGGAAUGUGGGAGUUGGGGGGAUGAUUUGAGUGCAAUGAUAUUUUGUUGAAUUCUCUACGGUAUUGCAUUCUUGGUCGACUUGUCAAGUCCAAAUCUUGCUGCCAGCAUUGUGUCUCCAAAAAAAUUGCAUGGUGCUGGAGGAUGUACUCUUGCAUUAGAGUCUAUGCUUCGCAAGGUGGUUGUUAAAUUCUUGACAGUGCACAUUUAUUGGUAUUGCGCUUCUCAUCAAUUCUUGUCCAGCAUAUGGCACGUCUUUCUACAGUUGUCUGCUUGCAGCGUGCAUUUUAUACACAAAGCCAGCCAGAUAUCAGCUGCAAUCUUCAAGCUCAGCUUUUCAGUUGAGGUCUAGAAGCGUUCUCUGAGCGGUAGCAAGUACUCCUGUGAAGAGCAAGCUAACGGGAAACGCCAUCGGUGCC